UGGUUUGAGAGCAUUCGCGGAACUAUUGUCACGUCAUGUGAUUCCAGUCAGGACUCGAUUAGCAAACGGACUGUUUACCUUCCGCUUCAGACAGAUGUGGCAGAAUAAUAUUCUUUCAAAAUGUAUUCUCACGCUUCAGAGAGUUUAAUUAAACAAGCAAGGGAGAUUCAGGUGUCUGAGCUGCAGAAGUUUUACAGCAGAUUAAUGAAGAUGCUUCAGGGCAAGGAGCUCGGUCACGACACAGUGGACUCCCUGCAGAGGCUGCACCUCAUCCUUUCUGCCACCAAGUACACCCGAACGCUGCCUUUAGAGCUCCAGAAGAGGUUUGUAGCGCUUCUCUCAUCACCUGCGGAGCAGCAUCAGGUGCUGAGCGCAGCUGUGCUCAGAGAGACGCUGCCCCUCACUGGUCAGGAGCUGAAUUACAACCACCAGCUGAACAGUCACGCUGCUGGUCUGCUGCUCUCACAGGCUGUAUCCAAGGGUGAUCUUUCAUCUCUCUGCACUCAACUCCUUCGCAAUCUGGAGAGUCGACCGUCUGAAGGGCCGACUCACUCGCUCAUGCACACCCUGCCUGUCCUCAACAGCGUCCUCACACACAGCCCAGAGUGCCUCAGCGAAGAUCAAAUGACCCUUGUAAGCAAAAAGCUAGUUGAUUGGCUGCGUUAUGCCAGCGUCAUGCAGGGAGUCGGGACUUCCUCUGGGGGAUUCUUCACGGGGCCCAGAUCCCGUCAGCCGGUGCCUAUAGCAGAGCUGGAUGGGUCUGUGUCUGGAGAUUUCUUCACUGUCCUAUGUGUGGGUCAGGGCUUCACUGAAGACCAGUGGAUGAACGUCUACUCCUUUUCCAUGCUGCGUCAUUGGCUUCUCACCUACCAUUCCAGCUGCAGCACCACAGUAGAUGCAGCAAACAGGCUACAACUCAGCCUGUCACUCUCCCACUCCCACUCAUUUUCAAAUGAUGACCGAUCAGAGGUGGACGGGUCCGUAGUUUCUAUGGUUUCGGCGACGUCCUCCUCCAGCCGACUGCUGCCUCCAAAGGAGCGUCUCAGAGAGAAGGCUUUCCAGUACUGCCAGCGCCUCAUCGAACAGAGUGACCGCAAGGCACACAAGAAGACCGAUACAGAACUGCAAAAAGCGUGUCUGGUGGAGGCCGUGUGCAUCCUGGACUGCGUGUGUGUUGAGGACGCGUCGCUGGUCUACAGGACCUUCCCCUGCAUAAAGGCUCUCUUUGGUCGCCUCAGCUCAGAGCUGUCGUAUGCCAGAGUCCUGCUGCCCAUAGCACAGUUCUACCUCAACCACGGCGAGAUUGCUGCAGUGGACUGUGAGAACGUGUGGAAGGUGGUGUUUGGUCGGUUUCCUACGGAGCUCUUCAAUGACCCAUUCCUGGCACACGAGCUUCUACGCUUCCUUCGACUUAACCUAGAAAGCAUAGAGCUUCGGGUUCCACAGUACACGCGCUACUUUCCAAAUCUGCUGAAGUUUUUAGCAUGGGACAGUCCAGCGAUGGUGGAUGACUUUGUGGAUCUGCUGCCCUCUAUGGUUACAACUGGAACUGCAGUGGAGCUGCUUCACACCCUGCUUGACCUGCCCUGUCUCUCUGCCACGCUGGUCCUGCAGCACAGGUCUACAUGUUUGCCCAUCUCUGAGCCAGUCGGUCGCAGCUUCGUGUCACUGGAUGCAUUUCGAAACCCUUCUUUCAGAGGGCUUUUCCUCUUCCUGCUCCGAACGGAGGCAGGCUCAGGUGACACAAUGGACCGACUGAGCACGCUCCAUGAGCUGCUGGUUGAAGCUGCUGACUGGCCGAGAGUCACUCAGUGUGCCCGGACGGUCCCCGUGUUGUUGCACGUUUUCUUCAACACAAUUGUUACGAUCGCUGACGAGAAGCUUUUGGCUCAUUUGAUUCUGGUGAUGCUGGAGAGAAGCAGCCUGCUCCUUAACAUCCCUGCGUACAUCAAAGAGAUACACCGGGUGUUCAGCUGCCACCUGUUGAGGCUGUGUAAGCUCCACCCCUCUCUGGUCGUGAACCAGUCCCACGAGCUGCUGGAGUUUGCUGGAAGCACAGCCAACGUCUACAGCAAAGAGGAACUCUAUACACAUGUGGUGUGGGUGCUGGGAGAGUACCUCUCUGUGUCAUGUGACUCUCGCUGUUCCGUGAGCCUCAUCACUUCCUGUUUUGAAGCGCUGGAGGCGGUGCUGUUUGAGAUCACUUCGUCUGCCCCUCCAACUGGAAAGGUUUGCCCGGCCCCUAAAGUCAUCAACACUUUAAUGAGCGCUCUCGCUAAGCUGGCAUCACGGUCACAUGACCUCAUACCUCGGGUGUCUCUGUUCCUCUCUAAACUAAGAACUGUAACCAGAAGCGGAUCGGUUGCCUGGUGCUCUGAUGAGGAGGACCUCGUUGCUAUAGUAACACGAGGGGAGGAGUUGUGGUCGCUGCUGAAGGCCCCCGGCGUAGCUCAGAGUGUCCUGACACCACCUCCCCAUGUCAUCGCACCGCAGUGGCACAGAGACACUAAUGUGGCAUUGCCGCUUCAACUGCGAGCCCUCACAAGCCUCACACACUCACAGUGACACAAACACACACACUCAUGUACAAAACACAACAUCAUCCUGCGCUGACAAUGCAUUUGGUUUUUGCACAUUAUUUUUGUAAUUGAUUUGUUUGAUGUUGACGCUGAUAUGAUUUUCAUAAAACACACAGAUCCCUUGCAGUGUAAUAUGUUUCUUCUUUAUUACAGUGAUUUGACAGAAAUAUCAUUUUACAAAAUAGAUCAUCUGAUUAAAAAAAAAGAUAAAAAAAAUUGCUCAUUUCCUGAGUAAGUGCUCUGUUUUCAAGAAUUAAAACAGAAGUAAUGAAGUACUAGAAGUUAAGAAAAUCUUGAAAUGUGGAAAUAGAAAUUUGCAUUUACGAUCUACGUUGAUUCUGUCGUAGUCAGAGGACUGUAGCAAAUUCUACAUUACACAUCACUGUUGAUAGAAAAGUGCUCAGAAGUAAAGAGCGCACCAUUUAGACAAAACAACUGGCAUUUAAAGUCCCCCCAACAGGAUACGAAAUGCGUUAGACCGUGACAUUUUCAUAAUGAGACGGACUUCUUUGUCUUUUAAAUCAAAUUACAGUUUUAGGAAAAUUCAAUUUGAACAAAACUGAGUCACAGCCACAGACGAGUAGCUGGUUCUACUCUCGUCUGUUAUCAUCAGGUUGAUCAUUUACAGUCUGGCUCCAGUGUGUGACACAGACAUAUGUGACCUUAAAGUCUGUCUGCAGAUUGCUUAAUUCGGUCUCAGUGGGCCAAAGAUGAGUAUGUUUAAUUACGAAACCAGGGGCUGUGCAUGUACUGUGAAAAUGAACUGAAGUCAAAUGCAGAUCCUCUCAAGGGGUCACAUAAGGUGGUAAAAUCUGUAACAGCUUUUACAGCCAAAUCCAUAUUGAAAGCCUAUCAAUGACAGCUUUGUUGGUCAACUUCCUGACUGUCAUAUUUUACCACUGAGCAAGGAUGUAGCACCAACAGCAGAAAGGGAUUCCUGUGUAGUGAGUUUUGGCACAUUAAUUGUGGUUGGAUUACUGAAAGUAGGGAGUUUAACAGCUUAGGAA